GAAGAGGGUGUGAUUUUAAAGACAGAUAAUAUAAACUGAAAGCGAAAGUUACACAAUGUCCAUGAGCUGCCUUCGCAGCGUAAGACUGGUGGGGACGGCCCUGGGUAAUGAUCAUCUGAAAAUCUCCUUGAAAAAGAUCUGUUUAAAAAGGGGGGACGAAGCGAGGGGCCCCGAGGAUGGAAGGACUGCGACCUGGGAUUAGAAGAAGAUACUGAGCUGCUGCUGUCGAUCCCCUUCCACAUGGCUCGGAUUAAGCAGCUGCUUCUGCUCUGGUCAAUGUUUCAGGCAACCUUUGCUUUUAAAGGACACUGCAGCAAGCCUGACUUCAAAGUUAAAAACAUAGAUCUGAGUGAAAUAACGGACGCACAUUUUGAAGUUGGUCAGAGACUCCGAUUGAAGUGCCAAAGUGGUUAUAAGAGAAAGGCAGGAACAUCAAACCUCAUCCGAUGUCAGAACAACUCUAAACAAGCCAAGUGGUCAGAGCCAAAUCUCAAGUGCAUAACAACGCCUGUAGAGCCAACAUCUGUACACCCACCAACAUCGGCAGCUACUCCAGGAGCAUUCUCAGACCACUACACUGCAUCAACCAUGGACAUUAAAAUCGCCACAGAAACUCUAGCGAGCCACUUAUCAUCAGCAUUGACAACAUUAACUGCACCGAUUGAGUCGACAACAUUGACUGCUCCACCUGAGUCAGUUUCAGGCUGCAAUCAAACAUCCGCCAGCCCUCCACUCAGUACAGACACCAAAGGACUGGGACCCUUAGCUACAACAUGGACAGCAGUAAGGCCAUCAAGUUCCUCAACAGCUGAAACAGAAUUUCCAGUACCAGGUCUCUCUGACAGCACUCAGAAAGCAGCAGCUGAAACAGCAGUCACUUACAGUACUAAUGGGACGACAGGAACGGAGCCAAUAACCAGCAAGACAGCACUGGCAGAAAGAACAGUAAAUCCCUCUACAGCAUCAGAAACAGCCUCUGACGUUACUGGCUCUAUUGGCACCACAGACAUCAAUCAACUGGUAACCUCUGACAGAAACAUCGGACUAAUUGUCGGUACCAGUACAAGCAGCUUUACCAUUGCACUGUGUGCAUUAUUCUUUCUUUGGAUAUUUGUUUACAGAAAGAAAAUUAGUUGCAGAAGAUCACAAGAAUAUCACCCAACACCAAUCGAGGUACAGACAGUGACAAGUGUCAAUGAAACAGUGCCUUUACAUCAGGAAACAGAAAGCUGACCCUCAUCACUCAAUGUUAAAGAGGAUCAAUGUCAUCCAUUGCCAGCAAGAGGAAAUAUUGAAACAAGUCCAACAUGGAGCAAAGAAUGAACAUGUCAAGAGAUGUUUGUUCACUAAACUGAGCCAUUCCUUUCUUUUGUUAUUACUAUCAAUAUGCGCCUCUUUCUGAAACACUUAGAUCCACUCCAUCCCCAUCACCAUGGGCCAUAGAAACAAAGUGUGUCCCCCAGGGUAGGGGAGUCCAAAACUAGAAGGCAUAGAUUUAAGAUGAAAAGAGAAAGAUACAAAAGGAAUCCAA